CUGUCUCCUUCAGGUUCUCAAUCCCAUCCAACGCUUCAAAUAAACUCAACCUACAAACAACCCUUCAUCCUGCUCCUGUGACGGAGAGACAUCAUCAUGCUGUUGUUCCUCUUCCUGUUGGGUCUGGCUCUGGGUCCUGUGUCUCCUUCAGAUGACCCUCAAGUCAAGCUUCAGCGUGGCAGCUGUCCCAUGUUCUGGUUCUCCUUCAACAACCGCUGCUACAAGUACGUCUCCACACAUUUGACCUGGGCUGAGGCAGAGCUUCAAUGUGUGUCAGAGGGAGCCAACCUGGUGUCUAUCCACAGUCAGGCGGAACAUGAGUUUGUCAGAUCACUGAUCAAGAACUUUGAUCAUUUGGAGCAUUAUACCUGGAUCGGACUCAGUGAUGUCCACAAAGAAGAAAGCUGGAUGUGGUCUGAUGGGUGUGUAGACAAAUUUGUCUUUUGGUAUGCAGGAGAGCCGAACAACAUUGGAGGAACUGAACACUGUGUCGUCACCAACGAAUUUCACAAAUGGAAUGAUCUCCCAUGUUCUAAUACUUAUGCCUCAGUUUGUGCAUCUCGUAUAACUUGUCUUUAGCAACUGAGAUGUUAUACAUGUCUGAUUGAACCAGGUCACUGUAAAACUGUUACUCUGUUAACAUGCUUUUGACCACAAUAAAGACAUGAACGUAAACUUA